AUGUCGUCACUUUUUAUCUCGUACUCAGAUCUCUUAUUGACGAAGCCGAAGGCGAGAUAUGGGCACGGUUGUUCAAACGUUGGGCAGUGCUAUCUACUGGAUAAAUUACUAUCCACCGGAUAAGUAUAAGGGAGACCAAUUGUGUUAUCAGCUGCGGGAUAAAGAUUUAUCCAGCCUCGUACCCAGGCUAGUUCGCGCUACCCGAGUUACCAGAGGAGGCUUGGAACCGAGUACGAUAGGGCGAAUUUUCCCGACAAGCUUGACAGGUGACGUCAAAUCCGAAAUCAAAGGACGACUGGGAACGAGGCUAGCGUUAUCCAACGUUUGAACAACAAGGGCCUGGUCAAAUCCGAUUUGUACACGUGAUUACCUCUCAGGAAUGUCAGACAGACGAUGAGAGAGCGCAUGCUCGAAAUAAAUCUUCCAUUUUCGACGUGUUAAACAACGAAUUUGAUAGAGCCGUGAAGUCUUUUCUAGCAAAACUUGGUUUAUGAACCAACUAAUUUGUUGUUGUUUUUGCUCUUUUUAAAAUCAAAUCAGGGGUUAUAUGCUUUGAUCAAAUUCAAUGCGACAAUUAAUUUGAAUUUCAUUUUCAUAGCGCGCGCUAAAACCUCAAAGCAGUACGCACCAACUUCUGCGCGAGAAUUUUUUUUAGCCCUCUUCAAAAGUCUUUAUUGACCCCGAGAGAGAGAGUUUUAAAAAGUAUUAAAAGAUAAGGUAAAAAUAGUUUUACAAGUUAUAUUGAGACGUAGAACUACUUCUUUAGUGAAAAUAAUUAUUUGAACAUAAUUAAAGACUUUGCAAAGAAUGAAUUGCACACGCCAGAGCGCGAGCAGAUGACAACACUCACCUCGUUCACUCACAAUCUAGCCAAUCAAAAACAUUGAAUUUUCUUCCUUGGCCAUUUCGAAUUUGCAUAUUUCUCUUUCUUAUUCAUUUGGAAUUGAAAUGAAAAAAGGUUCAAACAGCCCCGCAGAUCUAUUGAAAACCAUUCCANCCCCCCCCCCCGGGAAAAUAUUCAGUUUUGGUCAUACCCCACUUCAUUUCCUUUCGCAGCUAUGGAAAUGUACAAAGUUUGUUUUGCCUUGGUGGCCACGACUUUGGCUGUGUUCUCGUCAGUGGCAUAUGCAGAUGAUUUCACUAAUGCUUAUAACAAGAUUGAAAAGGCAAAACCCAACAUCAAUUACAACAGUUUCUGCAAAGAAAUAGCGGGAGGAGGUGAGGAAAAACUUGCUUGCCGCAUCAACGGAAUAACUUCAAUUGGUUUUUUGGUUUGUAAAAAGAUGAAACCUGACGGAGUCGCACCUUGCCUAGAAGUAAUUGAAAACGAAGUCAGAAAUCUUGUCACAAUCAUGCAAGCAGGCAUCAAUACAGUAGAUCUUUCUCCAAAUCCGAACAAGCGCAUCAUUACAGGUGUAAAAUGUGGCGAGGAGAAGAGCUUCGAAUGCAGUGGUUUUCUGGAGAAAUGGGUGUCGCGUGAUAUUGGCGAAUUCCAGCACAUUCGAGAUAGUAUUGUUGCAAACAAGGUGGGUCAGCUGAUUGCUGAGGUGAUUACGUACACGACUGGCGACCUGAAAAGCACCGCUCGUGAUCUGGUCAAGAUCAGAGAUUACAUGCUAAAAGGGAAAUACUUCCAGGUUUGUGACCUUCAGGGGUUUUUCCUGAAAAAGGGAGGUUUCAAAGUAAAUGAUGUUCCUGCGAUCGAGCAAAUUGGUUUAAAAGAAAGAUGCUUUGAUGGCGAACCGACAACAGAAGAAAUUCUCGACGCUUUGCAGCAGAUGGUUGAUGCCUUCAAAAGAGCAUGA